GAACACUUUAUAAGCGAGUGGGAAAUUGGUUUUGAUUCGAACACUUUAUAAUCGAGCAGGGACUUAGGGUUUUGAUUUGAACACUUGAAGAACAAAAAAAAAAUGGCCAGUCGGAGCGAGGACCGGUGCGAAAUAGCCUUCUUCGACUUGGAGACGACGAUGCCGACCCGAACCUGCCAGGACCGCACCAUCUUGGAAUUCGGGUCAAUUAUCGUUUGCCCUAGGAAGCUGGUGGAGCUCGAGAGCUACUCUACCUUGAUUCGACCCGCUGACCUCUCCGCCAUCAAUUCCCUGUCCGUCCGUAGCAACGGCAUUACCCGCGACGCCGUCAUUGCCGCCCCUUCUUUUCAAGACGUCGCCGAUACGGUCUACGACAUUCUCCACGAACGUAUAUGGGCUGGUCACAACAUUCUGAGGUUUGAUUGUUAUCGGAUUCGGGAGGCUUUCGCACGCAUUGGUCGGCCUGCACCAGAACCGAAAGGUACCAUUGAUUCAUUGGCAUUGUUGACACAGCGGUUCGGAAGGAGAGCUGGUAACAUGAAGAUGGCCUCUCUUGCAACCUAUUUCGGGCUUGGACAGCAGACACACAGGAGUUUGGAUGACGUUCGAAUGAAUCUUGAAGUGCUGAAGUAUUGUGCAACCGUGUUACUCUUGGAGUCGAGCCUCCCAGACAUAUUCACAGAGAAUAGUUGGGUUUCUCCAAAUGCUACCACAAGAAGUCGUAGUGACGGGAAAUCAUCUGCUGAGGGGUCUCGCAUAAACAUGAAUACUGAGCAUGCAAAUCAAAUAACAGGGGAGAAUCAUCCAAUAACAUCUCUUAGGACUAAAGACACUGAAGAAGUCUCUAAUCUGAUUGAAUCUAGCACCGCUCGACCAGAUCCCUUUGACAUGGGCCCACUUAACGAUGAAGUGAUGAAAGAGCUGAUUCAGCCAGACAUUGCCAUGGUAGAAAUACCUUUGAAAGAGUCUGUUGAGAGUUCUUCCCCUUUUGCUGCAUCGGGGAGUUCCAAUGGCACUUUGGACUUUUUGCAGCCUGAUGAAAUCUCUAUUCCUUCUAUCUGUGCUUCCCUUGUUCCGUUGUAUCGUGGGAGUCAGAGGAUAAAGUUGUUACACAAAGAUGUAAGUUUGCAGCUUUGCUGUAGGCAUAUGAAAUUGCGGUUUGGAAUCAAUGGAAAGUUUUUUGAUCAUGCUGGCCGGCCACGAUUGAAUAUUGUUUGUUACGCAUCACAAAAUUUGUGCAAAGUUCUUGAUGCAUGUGAUGGCAUUGCACAAAAGUUGUCUGUGGAUUCCGGUAGCAGCUCCGAAUGGAAGCCUGUUGUGAUCCGAAAAGAGGGUUUCAAUAACUAUCCUACAGUGAGAUUACACAUACAGACAGCAGUAUGUGGGGAUAUUGCAAUAUACGCCACAGAGAUAUAUCAAAAAGAGCCUUCUGGUGCCGAGGAGAGGCUUGUAUUCACCAAGUUUGAUGCUUCAGCACUUAGCACCCUUUUCAAACCGCAGACUUUUAUGGAUGCAUUCUUCUCCUUGGAUCCGUAUGACUAUCAGCAGAGUGCAGGCAUUCGGUUGGUGGCAAAGAAAUUGAUUCUUCAUUCCAAUUGAUGGAUGAAUUUGUAUCUCCGAUUUAUUUGAUGGGGGAAGUUGCUCUGUAAAUAUGACAAGUAGAUUGACAUAUUCAGGAUGAUAGUUGUGCCAUGUAAUUGCAGUCUCUGUUAAUGUUAAUUCUUUCUUAUUAAAAUUCUGUGCUACCAUAUAUGUUCUUUGACUGUGCACUCUGAUCAAAUUAACUUAUUAGUAUGAAGUUAUUAUUACAGAAAUGGUUUUCGCA